CACAUAAGCUCACACACACACACACACACGCAUAUCCGUGCAUGCAUUCAAGCAGAAACAAAGACACACACAAACACAGAGGUACUUUCUCAGACUUCAAGCUAUUCCCAUCCUCGCCCACACUUUGUGAACAUAUAACACAUCCUUUUAUGCCUUGUUUUCACAAGUAAGAGCACUCGGCAGGCAGUUUGUCUUGGAUCCAGAAGAUGGCUUCCAUGGCGACCCAAAGCCCACUAUCCACCGCCGUGAGCAUGGUGACGACCACAAGCUCUUUACUCACAACCUCAAAGAUGCCGGAUGGUGAUAAACAACCUGAUGAGUACCACACAGUCCUCCUGGUCAUUUACUCCGUGGUUCUGCUCAUCGGGACCAUCAGCGUUAGCUUGAUGAUGCACAUCAUGAAGUUCAGCACGACAUCCAUCACCUCCAUUGCUGUACUCAACCUCAUCUUCACCCACUUCAUCUUCCUUCUCACUGUGCCCUUCAGGAUUUACUACUACGCCACUAAUCACUGGAGCCUGGGCCACGGGUGGUGCAAAGUGGUCAGCUGCAUGAUUCACAUCCACAUGUACAUGUCUUUCAUCUUCUAUGUGAUCAUCCUCAUCACACGCCUGAUGACAUUCUACCACAAAGCUGAGCAGGUGGCCUCCUUCCAGAGGAUUCAUGCACUGGUUGCCAGUGCCGUGGUGUGGAUGGCGGUGCUUGUCGUGGUCCCUUGCAUCAUCUACUUUUCCUACGGAAUAAACACAGAAGAUCCGAGCCCGGGCAACAGUACCACACCUGCGACACACUGCUUCAAGUUUGGAGACAACAUAGCGUCUGCUGCCAAGGUGCUGAACUACAUCAUAAGCACAGUCAUCAUAGUGGUGGCCACAGUGCUGACAGCCCUCCAAGCCAAUGCUCUACUGGUUUUAUACAGGAAGCAUCGCCAGGGAUGCACCUCUCAGCAGGAAUUUGGGGCUCAGUUAAAGAGUCUGUGCUUUGCUCUCAUUAUGGUUGUCUGCUUUAUUCCCUAUCACAUGUUCCGGCUGAAUUACUUGGAACAACUCCAUCUGCAGAGUGUCAAUGAGGUCUUUCUGAGUCUGACCACGUUUAACUGUUUGGACAUGCUCACCUUCUUGGGGCGGAGAACCUGCUACAUGUGCUUACCGGGAAAAGGUAUUUGACAACCGUUGGUUGGAUGUGUGUUUGGGGGCCAUGAUGAUUUAACUGUUUUAUUUCCUAACUUCUUUUUACUUUACUGUCAUUUAUUGCCACAUAAAUUAUUAUUUUUACUGUAUUGCUUCUGUGCAUCUCAAUAAAAGCACACUGUACCACUUAUUCAAAAGAAAAAGCCAUCAUUAAACAGAUACACUGGUAUUAAGUACAAAUAAAACUGGUGAAACAUGUACACAAAUAGCAGUUAUACAUGGCCACUCACUAGCUGUUCAUCAUCACUUAUUUAGUUUUGAUAAUCUUCAAAACCAGACAAACUAGCUCGCUCCCCUCUAACCUGUCGGAUGUGCCAUGCUUUGCUUUUUUGUCCUAUAUGACUAGUGUGUCAACAGCAGCUUUUUGUUAUGUGACUUAUUAAAAUGUGUUAUUCAUUAUUUGCAAUUAUUUGAUAGUUGAAAGUGCAAUGAGAGAAACACAACGUACCUACCAUGUUGCUUUUGACUCAAAAUGAAUGAUCUCUUGCCCUCUUCUGGUCAUUUUAUAUACUACAAAGGCUUCAAGCUUGAAACUUGUCUUGCUAGAUUAUAACAAUGGUCUUUAAAUUCCCUCGUUUAUUUAUCCAAAUUGUGUCUUCAUGUGAAAGGCAUGUGAGUAGAAUAGAAAAAUAAAUAUAUUACGCCUUAUUUGCUGACACUUAACGCCUGUGUACAUAGCUGGAGGGAAAUAAAUAUAAUUGUUA